CAGCUUGUUUGAAGGUCCAAUGGGAUCAAUCGGAGUUUCAGCAACUCGGGAUUUCCUUUUGAGUUCGUCCCCUGGGCUCGGGGACGAGGCAGGUUGGGGGUGUCCUGCCAGGGCACUGAGCACAUCGCUUUGAGGAGCCGUGGCUGGUCCUGAAAGCCAAAGUGGGAAAGGCAGAAGGGCUUUGGUUUGAAAAGGAUCGCGGGACAUACUCUAGGCAUUUGCUCCCUCAGUUCUCGUUUCGCUCGGCCUCCCGCCCUGGGUGGACGCGAUUUGUCCAAGUCCCCGGCUGACUGUCUGUGAUUGGCGAAACACAAAUGGUCUGUAGGGAAGCGGUGGGAUCCUGUUGUUUGAAAUUGGACUAGAAGUUGGGUGUUACUCUUUGCUCAUGUGGCAGCAUAAAGUUAACCAUGUGGCCUUGCCUGUACCGGCAGUCUGUUUCUUUGAAAUACUUCAUUAGUCGGUUACACGAUGUAAAUUACAAAUUCUCAGUUUCUGCAACAAUGUGGUGGGACAGAAAUGCUACAGAAAUUGUUGGGAGCAAACACUAAGUAUGUACAUAAUACUGAAAACCAAUAACAAUCUACAUUUGUAAGUUAAGGAGGUUUGCAUUUACAAAUGAGAAGUUAGGAUUUGAUGAAACAUUCUGCGCUAAUCGUACAAAUUCCUGUGGAUGCUUAGAUAUCUGUCUCCAGCAGCACAAAGUCUUCAUUUAUAUUUGUUGAGUAGAGUAUACUGCUAUGAUAAGACUGGGGUGGAAGUUUGCCUGUGGACAGACACCUUGAUUAACGAGACCAGCAUCUCUCGAUAACAAUUCUUGCUAUUAGUUGUAUUUACUUUCUUUGUUUUUGAUUUAGCAAGUUGGCUCAAGUCAAGAAUUGUGUGUGAGAAGACAAAUCAGCGGAGUGGAGUUGACUCUCACUUUAUUUUCUGUCAGUUUCUUUUACCGAUGCUUCAAAGAGAAAUAUGUCAAAUGUUAACCUCAUGCAGCCCUUUUUCUGCAAACCAAACCAUUUCUGCUUAGGGGAAAGGACCUGUACUUAGAUUUCUGUUGCCCUUUUUUCUGGUGAACCUCCUUAAAUUGCAUGUAUAUGUUACUGUUCCUAUGUAUGUGUGUCUCUCUAUCACAUAACCCAGAACUUAUUUCCUCAGCCAAAUGGCUAGGGGCCGAGCCUAGCCAUGAUUUUACCUCCAAUGGACGCAAGUUUCUUUGGUGAAGAUCUCUCCUGAGAGCUCGGGACUAGCAGAAAGAAGCGAGGAAAUUUCGACCGUUUGGUUCUUACGGAUAGGUAUGAUGGGCGUGGUCACCUGCAUGACCUCUCUGAAUAUGAUGCUGAAUAUUCCACGUGGAACAGAGAUUACCAGUUAUCGGAAGAGGAGGCUAGAAUAGAGGCCCUCUGUGAUGAAGAGAGAGGAGGAAUAUAAGCGGCUGAGUGAAGCUUUAGCCGAAGAUGGCACUUACAAUGCAGUGGGAUUCAGUUAUGGCAGUGAUUAUUAUGAUCCUUCUGAACCCACAGAAGAGGAGGAGCAGCAGCAACGACCUUCCAAACAAAGAGAAACUACUCAGACAGAACACGUGGAAGAAAAUGAAGAACCUUUCAUUGCUCCGUUGGGACUGAAUGUACCUUCUGAUGUGGAACUGCCACCGACAGCAAAAAUGCAUGCAAUCAUUGAACGAACUGCAAACUUCGUUUGCAAGCAGGGAGCGCAGUUUGAGAUUAUGCUGAAAGCCAAGCAGGCGCGCAAUUCUCAGUUUGACUUUUUGCGAUUUGAUCACUACCUCAACCCCUAUUACAAAUUCAUACAGAAAGCAAUGAAAGAGGGGCGAUAUGCUGCUGCUUCUGAUAAGAAAGCGGAUGAGAAGAAAAAUUCAAAAGCUAAGUCUGAAGAAGAGGAUGACGAUGACGACGACGAUGAUGAUGAUGGAAAUUAUCUGCAUCCGAGUCUUUUUGCCUCUAAAAAAUGCAGUAGACUUGAAGAGCUUAUGAAGCCUUUGAAGGUAGUGGACCCUGAUCAUCCACUGGCAGCACUUGUUCGCAAAGCACAGUCUGACAAUAAUUCAUCCACACCCCAGUCAACAGAUGGGGCAGCAAUACAGACAUCACAAGUGGAAUAUCCUACAGAUUCGACAGUGGCCGCCAUGUAUUACAGCUACUACAUGCUACCUGAUGGAACCUAUUGCCUUGCACCUCCACCUCCAGGAAUAGAUGUUGCCACCUACUACAGUGCACUGCCUGCAGGGGUGACUGUAUCAAGCACUACAGGGGUGGCAACUAUACCUCCACCUCCUGGUACUACACCUCCACCUCCCCCAGACACAACUGAAGUUGAUAGUGGAUUGACUUCUAGCACAACCUCCGCAAGCACAAUUGCUCCAGUGGUUGCCAUUAUUCCCCCACCCCCAGAUAUUCAACCAGUUAUUGACAAGCUAGCUGAAUAUGUUGCUAGGAAUGGAAUAAAAUUUGAAACCAGUGUUCGUGCCAAGAACGAUCUCAGAUUUGAGUUCCUGCAGCCUUGGCACCAGUACAAUGCCUACUAUGAAUUUAAGAAACAGUUUUUCCUUCAAAAAGAGAGCAGUGAGAGCUCUCAGGGAGUGGCUCCAUCAGAAGAUGUUCCAGCAGAUUCUGCUGGUGAUGCGCCAAGUGAACCUCAGCUUCCAGAGGAUCACACCGCUGAAGAUUCAUCUGAGCUUGGUGCUACUGGAGCUUCAGCAAUUAAAAAAGACAUACCUGCCACUAAAAUUAUCAGUGAUGGCAAAUUGGUGAAAGCAUCAUUUGCUCCAAUAAGCUUUGCAAUCAAGGCCAAAGAAAAUGACCUCCUUCCCUUGGAGAAGAACCGCGUGAAAUUAGAUGACGACAGUGAUGAGGAGGAGGAAGAGGGCAAGGAAGGCCAAGAGAAUGCGAAUACUGUUUCAAGCAAUAACCCAACACUGGCCACUCCUUGCCCUACUGUUGAAGAGAAAAAACCUCAACUUACCCCAGAAGAGCUGGAAGCAAAACAAGCAAAGCAAAAACUAGAGGACAGACUGGCAGCUGCGGCGAGGGAGAAGCUUGCCCAGGCCUCCAAGGAAUCAAAAGAGAAGCAGCUUCAGGCAGAACGCAAAAGGAAGGCGGCGCUGUUCUUGCAGACCCUGAAGAACCCCCUGGCAGAAGCAGAAGCGGAGAAAAUUGAGGAGAAUUCGUAUAGUGUAGAGCCCUCCCUCCUGUUGGCUGAUAAGGGUGUCAGUAACAUACCAUGUCCCUUAACGGCCGUCAGAACUUUGCCCACUUUAGAAGUUAAACAGUCGGAAAGGCCUUCAAGCAGAAGCAAAGAUCCUCCUAGAGAUGAUGAAAAGGAAAAGAAGAAAAAGAAACACAAGAAAAGAUCUCGGACAAGAUCCCGAUCACCUUCCAAGUAUCAUUCGUCAUCUAAAUCUAGAUCAGGAUCACAUUCAAAAGCAAAGCAUUCACUUCCCACUGCCUAUAGAACUGUGAGGCACUCAAGACUCACAGCAUCCACAGGGACACUGAGCAUGGAACCGAGUCUGAGCAGCUCAUCAAUGGCAGCAGCAACAGAGCGAGAAAAUUAUCAGGCAGCUUCGACAACGAAAAGAUUUGACUGCUGGAGCUCUUUUGAGGGAAAUCCUGGUAAAAUGUCAAGGUCACGGUCAAGGUCACCCAGGAGACGGGCCCACUCCCCAGAACGGCGAAGAGAGGAAAGGAGUGUCCCAACUGCUUAUCGCAUUAGUAACAGUCCUGGAAACAGUAGGAAACGCACACGGUCCAGAAGUCCCCAUGAAAAGAAGAAGAAGAGGCGGUCUAGAUCACGUACUAAGUCCAAAGCUAGAUCUCACUCGCCGUCCAUGUCACCAAGCAAACAGUCGACACACAAAAACUCCAUACAUUCAACUAGCAUCUCUCCUGUGGAGAGUAGGGAAUCCAGCCAGGAACGCUCCAGGGGAGUUUCUCAGGAAAAAGAUGGCCAGAUCUCUUCUGCAAUCGUGUCUUCAGUGCAAAGUAAAAUAACUCAGGAUCUCAUGGCCAAAGUGAGAGCGAUGCUUGCAGCUUCCAAAAACAUCCCGACCAGUGCCUCCUGAGACCUGGUGAUUUGACCAUCAAGAGAUUGAUGUGGAAA